CUUGCUCGGCCUUACGGACUCGUUUUUGCCGGUUUAUUUUUCUCUUUUCGUGUACUUUUGGUCUUCAGUGGAAGAUGUCUGGUCGUGGCAAGCAGGGCGGUAAAGCUCGUGCGAAAGCGAAGUCUCGCUCUUCCCGCGCUGGCCUACAGUUCCCAGUGGGCCGUGUGCACCGCCUUCUCCGUAAGGGUAAUUACUCCGAGCGGGUGGGCGCUGGUGCCCCGGUGUACCUGGCGGCCGUGCUGGAAUACCUGACUGCCGAGAUCCUGGAGCUGGCUGGCAAUGCGGCCCGCGACAAUAAGAAGACGCGAAUUAUCCCGCGCCACCUGCAGCUGGCCAUCCGCAACGACGAGGAACUCAACAAGCUGCUGGGCCGCGUGACCAUCGCCCAGGGCGGCGUCCUGCCCAACAUCCAGGCCGUGCUGCUGCCCAAGAAGACCGAGAGCCACCACAAGGCCAAGGGCAAGUGAGGCCCCUGCUGGUCGUUAGUGCAGCUUUACGGACACCAAAGGCUCUUUUCAGAGCCACCCACAACCUCUUUAGAAAGUGCUGUACACUGAGCUGUCACCAGUUACUGGAAGGGCGAGGCCUCCCGACUCGUUCCUUGAAUCCCUGCAUCCCUGUGCGGCGCCUGGGGAGCUCACGGGAGUCCAACGGCUGCAUCUGCGGGUGGCCUGCGGUCCGUUGGAGGCGUUCGAGUUUCUCCCCACCGCUCCGUUGUCAGACACGAGGUUUCAGUUAACGUCUGGGUUUGGACCUUAAGGGGAUAUACUUCAUUCUGUUGAAAUUAGCAUAAGGUUCUGGUUGGUAGAUGUUAGAGUUCCUACUAAAACUGGGUGAACUGACGUGAAGUCUAUUUGAAUUAGGAUCAUAACGCCUUGGGGUUUCCAAAGGUUUCUAAGGGAAAGCUUGGGUAUUUCAGACCUACUUGUUUAUAUAAACGUUCUGUUUAUAAGGCGAUUUACAA